ACGCACUUCUCGUGCGAAUCCGACAUUUCAACAACCGACUGACAGAUUGAUCGUUCGAUCAAUUUGGCGAUUCUCCAGCCGAUCUUACUCCGCUCGGCGGGCAACACCGAUCCGAUCGACCAGAUUCUACUCUCUGUCAUCGUUUGUUCGCGCCGUCGCCGUGUCCGUCCCUCCCCUUCGUCCGACGUGGUUCACGAGAAGACUGAUCGAAGAGUGAGACGCAGCUAACCUCGAAGGCGACGUACGCGCUCGUGACGUGCCCGUCCCUCCCGUCGCCCCGGUCGCUGCGGGCGAUCGCGUGCGUCCAGGAAACAUCCGAGUAACGUUCCUCGGACGAACAAGGUCAUCGGAAGCGAAACGAAAGGAGAAGAGAGAGAGAGAGAGAGAGAGAGAGAAAGGAGGAGUCAAGAGGAAACCCUCUGAGGGACUUGGUCCUCGUUAAUGGCCGGUCGAGAAGCGUUUGCGACGUCGAGUGACUAAUGGUCGCGUGCGGAUGAGAGACUCGCGAUCGACUUCGGAGAAGUGGCUCAGCUACGCUUUUUACAAUGUGCUUUCUGUCCGCAUUGAAUGUCACUCCUCAUGCAUAUCAACAAGAUAAACCUAGCCAUCAUAUAAUGAGCUACACAAGCGAGAUCUUGGGGAGAUAUUGAACUUGAUGCUAAGGUGGAUGUGCUUAGACCAAUUUCAAGAUGCGCCAGUGUUGUUUGAACCACCAAGUCCUGUUGUGGCUUAUCUUUUUGAUUUUCUACACUACGCACAGCAGUGCGGAUAUUUUGGUGUUCUCUGCAGGGACAAGACACCAAAUCGAAGAAGAAUUUCGCGAUUUGCCGGCCAGAUUUGGAGGCAUAAUACCACCGGAAGGCCUUAAGGGUAUGGUAGUUUAUGCCGAUCCUCCAACGGCAUGUCGCAAAAUACAGGCUCCGCCAAACGAUACCAACUACAAUAGUAAUUGGAUAGUGUUAAUACGACGCUAUAACUGUAGCUUUGAAAUAAAGGUUCGAAUGGCACAAGAAGCUGGAUAUGAUGCCGCCAUUAUACACAAUGUAAACAGCAAUGAAUUAGAACCGAUGUCGGCGAAGGAUCCCGUAGGAAUUACGAUACCGUCUGUGUUUGUUAGCGACAUCACGGGAGUUGUUAUCAAGGAAAAUUAUUUAUACGACCAACUAUAUUUUAUAUUGAUUAACGACGAUACGCCGUUCAAUAUCAACACUCAUUUGCUCUUGCCUUUCGCCAUUGUUGUUGGUAUAUGCUUUUUAAUUAUAGUUAUUUUUAUGAUUGUUAGAUGCAUAAAGGACAGAAGGCGACAGCGAAGACACAGGCUACCUAGUUCUAGCUUAAAAAAGAUUCCUACACACAAAUAUACAAAGGGUGAUCCAUACGAGACAUGUGCCAUUUGUUUGGACGAUUACAUAGAAGGAGAGAAAUUACGAGUUUUACCGUGUGCACACGCUUAUCAUUCAAAAUGUAUUGACCCAUGGUUGACAAAAAAUCGAAGAGUUUGUCCUGUUUGCAAGAGGAAGGUUUUUGCGGCUGAUGAACAAGUCGUGACUGACGAGAGCGACUCGGAUGAUGAUACAGCACCUCUCAUUCGCGAUGGCCACCAAGGUACACAAGGUGGCACGUUCGCGAGACAAAGAGAGAAUCCUUUUAAUAGAGCUAGGAGAUCACAGGCUAGACACGACAGUAGUUCUAGUGCUAAUAGCUCCGAUUCUGAGCAGUCUUACGUAACCACUGAGGACGGCGUUAGUACUAGUGCUGGUGAACCAUCUAACGUUACCGUUUUUAUGGUGUCCGAUACUCAUAGUAUAAACGGUGACUCGCUGGAACGUUCAGCCAGCAGUACUAAUCCACACAAUGUGAGCAUAUACGCAGAUGCUCAAGAAUUUCCAGCACCUGUUGUUCAAAUUGCACCGACACGACACGGAAUCACGGCAAAUUCCGUGAUGUCGAAUUCCGAUUAUUAUGUUGAGACUUCGGAUAGUAAUGCGUCGGUGAUGGCCAGUAGUUCCAACAGAAACGAUGUUAUUACGUAAUGGCCUGAUAUAGCUGUGACUAUCAUUAUAUAUUACGAGUUGUACGUGUCUGGCGUGAAAAGAUAUUUUUCCUUUCUUUCGCGAAAGAUACGUUGAUACUAUGGUGCACACGACAACAUAGAAGCAACUAGUGAUGAGCGUUAUUUCUGGUAACUACUUUGCAACCGUUAUUGAGUUAUAACUGUUAUAACUAUUUAGUAAAAACUAUUAGUAUUAACUAUUUAGUAAAAAAAAAGGAUAGUUAUUCGAUUACUUUGAUCAAUAUCUUACUGCGUACCGUUACUGCGUAUUAUAAAUCUUUUAAAAGCGUCAUUACUAUGAUUGCAAAGAAUGAGAAUUUUGGAAAUAUAAAAUUUUUAUCAUAUAAUAAAUACAAUUUUUUUUAUAAUGAAUGAGCUGUUAGCCUUUACACCUUGUGUUCACGAUACUAAAAAUCAGUCCGAGAUGUCGGACAAAGAGAGAAUUGAAUUGACCAAUCACAUUAGUUGGUCAAAUGUAAUUGGUCAAUUCGAUUUCUAGUACUGUGGACACAAGAUUUUAGAAAGGCAAUAUCAUAAACUCUUUUAUGCUAUAAUUCAAUAUAACUGCAUGAGGAAAUAAAAAUCUCAAAAUAAAAAAAUACAUUAAAGGAUACAAACAUGCAAAUUUGCUAACCUCAAUAUAAUAAUGUGAAUAUAAUAAUAUCUAAAUAUCUUAUCUUAAAUAUUAUAAAUUUAUUGAUGUUUUUUGAUAUUUUUUAAUGUAAUUUUUUCUUAUUCUUACGUACGCAAAAACUCAGAUAUUAAUUUUAUAAGAUUUGAAGUAAACAGUUAUAAAAUAAUUAUUAAAAUAAAUACUCACGUAUGAGUAACGAUAACCGGUAUAACUGUUAAAAAAAAAAAAAAAAUUACUUAGCUCAUCACUAGAAGCAACAUAAGAUAACAGAUGAAUCUAUAUAUAAUCCAGAACUAGGUAGUAUUUUUAAUAAAACUACAUAUUUCCCUUUUUGAACAAUGAUAUUACGACUGCCUUAUGGCAAAUAAUUCUUUUGCACUAAACUGUCAAGUAUGUAUUUGUUAAAUUAUGUAAUAAUGUUAUUGUUUUUUGUUUUCUUUUGAGAUGAGUAUCACAUACAGUGAUGCAGAGAUAUUAAUAAUUUUACAUAUUAUACAUGAGUGUGAACAUUCUUUGAAAUAUUUUUAUUUUUUAAUUUGAUUCACGUAUAAAAGAAUUCAUGUAUGUGAAAUGUAUAUACUACUGUAUAAUUAUUCAAUCUGUUCUUAUUUUUAUUUGCAAACUAUGCAUUGUUUCUUUGAUUUUUAAUUUUUAAUUGAAACCGGUUUCAGUAAAUAUAGGUAAGACUGUGCAAAUUCUAGUUCAUCUAAAUAUUAUUUUGUAUAUUAGCUUAGAAACUUUAUGUGGCCUAUUUUGAUUUAUGCUUUAUUGCACUUAUUUGAGUUAUUCAAAGUUGCACGCUAUUGUCAUUCAAUUACCAAAACUUGAGUAUGAUGUAAUAUAUGAUUAGAUAAGAGUUUACUGCGAUAACGUUAAUGAUAAGUGACGAGUGCUGGUGAUACUGUAAAAUGACGUACAUAGCUUUGUUGCCGACAUCGGAUUUGUAUAUAUAAAUAUUACCUAUUAAUACAUAUAACAGUCAAGAGACCAAAAAUAUGCAGAUUCCUUUCAAUGCAGGACAUAUAAUAUUGUGAAUUCUUUCAAGUUUAGACACUAAGUUGAUGAAAUUGAAUCUUUAACCGCGUUAAGUUUUACGGAAAAUUUAUUGUUAUCCAAAGUAUAUUAAACUGUGAACUAACUGUACUGUUUUAUAUAAAAUGUAGACUAGUACUUAUAUAUGAAAUGGGCUGUAUAUAAUAUGACGUGUCAAUAAUUACAUGUAAAUUUCGCUACUGUCAAAUAAUGUGUUUACUCGAUUUCUCAUCGAUAUUAACAAAAGAAAUUAAAAUUAUGCGAUCCUAAGAAGAAACAGUUAUAUCUAAUUUAAAUCAAAUGCAUCAAUUAGUACAUACGUUAAAUUAAUGGCUGAUAUUUUAUUAUAAAAUUGUAAUUGAUAGAUCAUGAGUGGAGCAUCGGUGAAAAUCUCAAGAACUUAUUGAAUCAUGAAAAAUAUUCCGUUGUUCAUUCGUAUAGACACACACGCGCGCAUGAUUCAAUUUUGGGAUAGGUAAAGGUUGUUCAAACGUAUAAAUAUCGAUUGUGAAUAAAGCGAAACAUAGUAAAAA